GCAGCGUGGAAGGAGCCCAGAGAUGUCGGGGUGAGAAGCUGACACAUGGGCCGUGAGACAAAGAUGGUUCCAAACCAGGCCUGCAGUGACUGAAAACCACCACACGGCUCCUUGGUGUCUGGUGAGAAAUAAAACUGAGCCAGACUGGGUGAUGCCAAUCUGAUUGGGAAGGACAGAAGAGAGAGCGAGUUGGGGGAGCGCCAGGAUGAAGCUAGAGGUGGCCCUGCCUGUUUUGGGGCUCCUGCUCUGCGUGGCUGACACCAUGGCAGAGCAGAACCCAUUCCAGGUGGUGAUCUCCAAGACCAAGGUGACUAUCACCUGCCCCAUUGAGUCAGAGUCAGAGUCAGACAUACAAUGGAAGAAAGAACCGGAACAGGCAAAAAAUGGCAAACAAGACUAUGUGAUUGAGGAGUACGACAGUUCCAAGGACGGGCUCUAUACGUGUACGUCUGGGGGAAACUCCGCCAGACUUUACCUGAAGGCCAAAGUGUGCAGGAACUGUGAGGAGCUGGAUGUCUUGACAGUGGCUGGGGUCAUCAUCGCAGAUCUCCUCAUCACCCUCGGGGUGCUGAUCCUGGUCUACUACUUCAGUAAGAACCGGAAGGGGCGAGUGGGUGGCAGCGCCGGAGUUCAUCCGAGAGGGCCGAAGAUGGUGCGCCCCCCGCCUGUGCCAAACCCAGACUAUGAGCCCAUCCGGAAGGGUCAGCGGGAUGUGUACGCCGGGCUGCAGUCCAGGGGCUUCUGAAUCGCCCUGCGGAUGGCAGGGUGGACGAGAGCAGCUGAGAGUCCCCCAGCUUCUGUCCCACGUGAUACAGAUUCUCUGCAGUCCGUGCUGGGCAGCCGCGCAUUCUGUGGACCAACCCAGCAGCUGCAAUGGGAGACGCUGCCCCUCCUUGGACACCUCCUUCCUGCCUUUGAUUUGACCCCAGGGAACAGAUACUGACUAAAGAAAGAAGAAGAAAAGGUUUUCCCCAUUAAAUACUUGUAGCUUUCUCCUCUUCGGGCUCCUCCUAGGACGGCUGGGCUCUCCUGAUCCCCCGUUCCAAACUCCUGGGGAAACCCUUUCACUCUUCAGUUUUAUUUAUUUCAGUCACAUGCUUUGAUUUCUCUCUCCAGCACCCUGCGCCAUUGAUCUCGCCCUGACACUCAGAUGGCCUCUUCCCUGCCCAGGGCAAGGAGAGACAUUCCCCAGUGUCCUGAGCACCAGCAACACCUGAGCUGUGACCCCAGCUCUGACACUGAGUCCUUCUGUGACCAUGGCUGAGUCCCUCCCCCUCAGCUUUCCCAUCUGUACCACAUGGACAGAGACUGACCCGCUUCCCCGAGAUGCGUUAAAUAGCGCUAGUAAAGGGCAGACCCUCUCGGGGCACUGAGGCUUGGCUGGCUCUCUCCUAUUCCUCUGGUUUUACAUUAGAUCCCGUUUCCCUGCCCAGGAUAGUAACAACUCUGUCACCACGUUCCCUGGGGCUCGAAAGGCAGAUGCGAUGGUCACUAUGGGCAGUAAAGGGUAGAAGUGGCCAAGUGCACAUCCACCAUAUUCCUCCGUCAGCCCCAUCCCUGUCCAGCUUGUGCUCUGCAGUGUUCUUCUGGCCACCACUAGUGUUCAGGGUGUAAGUCCCUGUGCUGCGAGCUCCAGGCCCCGGUGCGGUGUCAGUCGUGCUCACCUGGUCCUGUCUCAGCAUUGACAGAGCAGUUAAUUGAAAACACAGCUCUGGCUGCCCUUUCCAGCCACGCUCAGCACGCCUGUCCUUGCUGUGCGGUCACACACAGCCCCAACACCCCUUUCCGGAGACCUGCCUAGAGGAAAAUGGGCUUGAGUCCUUUCUUGCAUCGCUGGGAUGGAUAAAGAUGGCCUGGAAGGAGAGGAUUUAAAUAUCAGCGGUGGACAUCUGGAGCCACCUGGUUUUGCUGGAGGACCCGGUGGUUCUCUCAGAAAGGUACCUAAAUAGAAGGCUGGGCCUGUGGAGUCUUCAGCACGUGCCCCUUCUCCCCCAGGCCUCCUCUAGACAUGGUAACAAAGCGUCAUCUGUAAGCCCCCCCCGUAGGGCGCUUACGUGGCUGAUAGAGUCUCUAACCCUUAUUAUUAAAUUCCAGUAGCACGUGGGAGCCCUGGUCAAGAUCCAGGCCCCGUUGGGCUGGGUUCUGCUGAGGAACCUAGUCCCUCCCCAGAGACGUCACUGUCUCAGGGGGACGUGACGCGGGAGAGAGGACUGGCACCAUUUUCCAGAUGGGAAACUGAGCUCAGGGCUCCUGACCCUCCAGGACUUCUCUGGAGAAGUCCUAUAGAAUUUAAGAGCAGCAAAACCCAUAGGGCUGUGUAGAAAUCAGCCCAAACCCUAGAGAACUGCAGACAGAAUGAGACCCUUUCCAUAGGUUUUUGUUGUUACUCAGCCUGUGGAAUUCUAUAGGAGGGACCCCCAUUCCUGCUUCAGUUCCAUAGCGUGGUCCAAAACCGCACCUAGAAAUAGGAGCGUUUUCUAGUAAUGGUGCGAGGACUUUCCCAGAAGAGUUAUACAACCCCCUUGCUCUGAGUGAGUCUCCUCUGGCUCACCUCGCUCCAACCCCCUUCCUUGCUGUCCCACUCUCUCUCCUGUUCCAUCUCUGGCUCUCAGGCUGCGUCCGGGCUCCAUGGGGUCUGUUACCAAGAUGGUGAGUUUGUCUGUACUGAGAAAGGCCUGCUUGAACGUGUAUGAUGCAAGUAUUUCUAAAAGUGCAUUAUGCAGCCAAUAAAGUGGGAGGGCUCUGCCCCUGGAUCCGCAU